CUACACACCCCGACCUCUCUCCCUAUCCUGUUUCUAUUUAUUCCCUUUGCCUCUCCCGGUGAUCGAACUCGGGUCACUCUUUUCUCUAGAUCAGUGUUCGAUCUCCCUCUUCUACCCCGUACUGCGUCCCGUAAACAUUCUCGCCCCCCCCAGCAUGGACGCUGCCUGGUGAUUCUCGUCGCCGUUCGCAUGAAUUGGGGUGGAUUCGAUUGAACUUCCACUCGAUCCCCAUCCUGACUCCGUUCUCGCAUUCUCUCCGUCGCAAUGAACCGUCUCGAGCUCCGAUCAAGCCAGUCGUCGUAUGGCGACCCAAGGCACUACUCCGCCAAUUCCUUUGGCGCUCCGCAGCCGCCCCCAACCAAGACCCUCGUGGACGGCUAUCGAGGCGACUUCGACACUCAAAAUGCAGACACUUCCAGGUUUAACCCGCUUAACCCGGCGCAUCCCCAGAGCUCCGCACUCCUGAACACCAAUGACCCCGUCGCCAUGUAUCUAUUAACGGAGACCGCCAUGGGGGACAGCAAAAACUAUGAGAUCUUGUCGUUGGAGGAGGUGGAAGGAUUGAAGAAAGAAUACAAGUUCUUGUCGGGUCGCCUGGAUGCGGCCAAACGCAAACUGGCCCUGGAAACGAAACUCCGCGAUGCGGCGAUGUCUCUCAGUAGACUGUACAACUCCAAGAGUCCUCGAGUCAGCGACGAGUAUGAAUCUGGAGGCUCCCCCAAGUCCAACCGCAGUCGCAAAAGUGUCUUUGGGCGCAGUGGCGGUUCGGGACCGCUGGACAAAUCGGACGGGGAGCUUGCUGUGAGUGCGCGCAAGUGCGAGGACCUCUCGCAGGAAAUCUGGAAUUUGGAGCGGAGAGUGCAACAGAUCCAGAAGCGACUGCUGGAGCACACGGCUGGCAUCUUGCAGAUGACCCAUAAGGGCUUGAAGAAGAACAACAACAACAAUAUCCCACACACCCCGGAAAGCCUCUCGAGCCACAACACUCGCGAUAGUGUGGACGAUUUUGACGACAGAAGUUUGUAUAAGCCAUCCGACCAUGCUCAGGAAGUAAAUGGGCAAGGUACACGUGCAAUGGGACCUGCCAACGGUUCGGACCAGAUGCCCAUGGGUCUGGAUGCGCUGCACAACAUGGAAAGACGACUGGAGGAGCUGAGUGAGCGGAUGCGCGGCAUGAUUCUGGAAUCCAACCCUAACAGUGACUUCCACUCGAUCCCACCGCCAUCAAACAAUGGUGGCCCAGUCAAUCCGACAGCAAUGGUCGAAGCACAUCUUGCUUACAUUGAUGACGGACUUGGUGCGCUCGCUUCCCAGCCAGCCGGUGUAUCUUCUUCUAGAGACGGAGAUUACGAGACAGAACAGAACUUGAGUGAAAUUAAUGCCCAGCUGCACUACAUUGUAGGCCAGUCUGGGUUGUCUCGGGCGCAACCACUACCCCCGCCGCCCCAGUCAUCCAGUGCAACUCUGCCGGAACAACUCUCAUACCUGAACCUGGCCGUGGACAACAUCCAACAGCGGAUGGAAGGAUUCCUGGAGCAAAAGAGUAUUCUUACGACACAGAUCCAGCAGCAGCGUGAGCUAAACUCCAAAUCGGAUGCGCAAAGAGACGCACACAUCGCCGAUUUGAUCGAGCAGCUAGCCCAUGUCAAGAAAGAUCUCGAAUUGGCGGAACGCGAUGGCGAGCAAUCGAGGGAUCAGCUGAACUUUACCAUGGAGCAACUGGAGGCGGCGCGUGAGCAGCAGCCAGAGCAACAAAUGCGGAGCAUCCCCGAGGAUCACUCCGCCGCCCUCACAUCCGAGAAAGAAUCGCGUGCCCAAGCCGAGGCCGAAAUCUCCCGCUUGCAGAACGUCCUGCGUGAGCUUGAGCGCGAGAAGGAAACCCUGGCAGAUUCUAACAAGGCCGGCGCGGACGCAGAGGCCGAAAUCUUGCGCCUUCAGGGGUUCAUUCAGCAGUUGCAACAUGAGAAGGAAGCUCUGGCGGACUCACACGAAGCCCGGAGCCACGCAGAGGCUGAGAUUACACGCCUUCAGGGGGUUAUCCAGCAGUUGCAACAUGAGAAGGAAGCUCUGACGGACUCACGCGAAGCCCAGGGGCACGCGGAAGCUGAAAUUGUACGCCUCCAGGGUAUCAUCCAGGAGCUGCAGCGUGAGAAGGAUGCGCAAGCAGAUGCCCACGAGGCCCGUCUUCGUGCUGAGGCCGAGAUAACACGCCUGCAGAGCGUCACGCAAGAGCUCCAACACGAAAAGGAAGCUCAGGAGGAGGCUCAAGAAGCUCGUCUCCGCUCAGAGGCCGAGAUCGCACGCCUGCAGGGUGCCAUGCAGGAUCUUCAGCAGGAAAGAGAGGCCCAGGCCGAUUCUCACGAAGCGCGUCUCCGCGCUGAGGCCGAGGUCACUCGCCUGGAAGCCCACCUUCAACAACUGCAAACCGGGUCCAACACGCACGCAGAGGAGCUGAGUACGGUGCGGUCACAGUCGGAUGCCGAAACGGCGCGUCUGCAGGGAAUGAUUGAUCAGCUUCAUCGGGAGGCCGACGCCAAGGCAGAGGAAGCGACGGAAGCACGCGAACGCGCCGAACAGCGGAUCUCCCAGUUGGAGGACAUGAUGCAGCAGAUUCGCAGCGAAGCCGACGCUCGUAUUGAAGAGGCCACACACAAGCGCGCACAGGCCGAGAACGAAAUCGACCGGCUGGAAGCGUCCAUGAAUCAACUUCGCGCCGACAUCGAAUCGCAGCUGCGGGAGGCAACCGAGGGUCGUACUCAUGCCGAGGAGACUGCCCAGCGCCUUCAGGGUGAGCUGACUGAGCUGGAAGGUGAAGUUGUCAGAGUCCAGACGGAGCUGACAAUGGCCAAAGCCGAGCUCGAUGGCGCCUAUGGCUCUCGCUCUCAACGUGCGGCUGCCAACCCUGGUAUCCAGAAAGAGCUCGAUGAGCUACAUAUGAAAAACUUUGAACUGGCCCAGGAACUCGCAGGUCUGAAGGCCGGCAAGCCUGGCCACAACGGCAACCUGCAACAUCGCGCAGAGACGCUGGAGAAGGAACUCCGAGAAACCAUUGAUGACUACGAGACUAUGACCAAGGCCAGCAUUGAGUUCGAAAAGGAGCGCGAGCGAUUUGAAGGUCACAUUGACAGCCUCCGUGAUCGCUGCGAGCAGCUGGAAACGCAGCUCAACGAGGAGCGCAUUACCUGGAUGGGCAUCCACAACCCCUCCAUGGGACGCGAUGGCACCUAUGAGACUACGUCGACUAUGGUGUUGAAGAACGAGUUUAAGAAAAUGAUGCGGGACACUCGGGUCGAGAACAUGAAGAUCCUGAAGGCGGAACAAGAAGAGCGUCGCAGACUCGAGACUUUGGUCCGAAAUCUGAAAAAGGAGCAAGCAAAUGCCAAUGACAAACCUGGCGUUGACCAGAGUGUCACCGCUUUAUGAUCAUGAUAGAAGACGCGUUUUGGAUUUUUGAUUGAUAUUUCUUUUUUCACAAGCCUCCUUUCCCAUCCCAUCGCCCUAUCUUUGGCUGAUGUCGAUUGAUAUCCCCCUGUUAUCUACUACUAUUCCCCGUAUAUACUAAUGUUUUUCUCUUCUUCCUUUGCAGCCCUUCCGGUCUAUUUUCUUUGGGCGAAUCAUUUCUUCCUCUCGGUCCUACUAUCUGACUGUCCACAUAGACAAUUUUGGGGAGUCAUGUAUUAUACAUAAUCUACUUCUUUGCCCACGGGCGUUUCAUAGCUUUGAGUGAAUCUUUCGUGUUCAUAUUCCGUUGGUCUUGUUGGUUUCUGUCGGAUUCACAGAGCGCCUUCUCUCAUCUGCUCGAG